CGCGACUUUUCUACGAUAUAUUAUGUAUAUCUGCGCAAAAGCACGUCGUGACGUCGUUAGCAUUUACAGAAUAGGCCUCUUGAUGAUUAAGGAGGUCCGAAAUUGCAAACGUGAAACUCGAUUAACAUUUAAGAGGUCUCUUUAGUAUUGACGAAAAUUCGAUCGUGUUCUUGCUCGGUCAUCUGAAAUAAGUACCUCUAUGUGUUUGUGUAUAUUUGUCAAGGCCAUACAAACGCCGCAAAUACGUUUUACUCGUGUCAAGAGUUUUGUGAAUAGGAAAUACUGGCAUUAUAAUUUUGAGUCUAAACCUGGAGAAGUUACACAAGCGGUGAAAGAUGCCAUUGAUAUCGGCUACAGACAUAUCGAUUGCGCUCACGUUUAUGGCAACGAGAAGGAAGUGGGUGCCGCUGUCAAAGCAAAAUUAGCAGAGGGUGUUGUGAAGAGAGAAGACCUGUUUAUCACCAGCAAGCUGUGGAAUACGUUUCACAGCCCCAAUUUGGUUGAGCCAGCUAUCAAACAAACUCUAGCCGAUCUUGGUCUCGAUUACAUAGAUCUCUAUUUGAUUCACUGGCCAUUCGGUUACAAAGAGGGCGGAGAUCUUUUCCCUACAAAUCCUGAUGGUUCCGUGACAUUGAGCGACGUAGAUUAUCUCGAUACCUGGAAAGGUAUGGAAGGUGUACUGUCCAAAGGUCUGACGAAAAAUAUCGGCGUCAGUAAUUUUAGUUCCGAGCAGAUUACCAGAUUACUCGAGAAGGCAACUAUUAAACCUGUUACAAAUCAGGUCGAAUGUCAUCCAUACUUACCGCAGAAACAGCUAUCAGAUUUCUGCAAGAAAAAGGACAUCCUUAUUACGGCGUACAGUCCGCUCGGAUCACCAGACAGACCAUGGGCCAAGCCAGAUGACCCAAAAUUGUUGGAAGACAAGAAAUUGAUUGAGCUCGGGAAAAAGUACAAGAAAACACCUGCACAAAUAGUUAUUCGUUAUCAACUGGAUCGCGGCCACAUAGUAAUUCCCAAGUCAGUUACCAAAUCACGAAUCGCUCAAAACAUGGACGUGUUUGACUUUAAACUUUCAUCCGAGGAUGUUGCUUAUAUUGACACCUUCGAUUGCAACGGGAGAAUUUGUGCUGUUAAUAAUGCAAGUGCCAGCCCGUAUUAUCCGUUCCAUAUUCCAUUCUAAGUAAUCAAGAUGAGCAAGUGAGGCUGUGCUACAUGUGCGUGUGUCAUUUAUUCAAGUGUUUGCAUUACAACACUGCUUUUCUAAAUUAUCAUUAAUUUGUGCAUACAAUAUAAUACAUACAUAUAAUGUUUUUUUAAACAAGAUUUGUCCUAAUAUAUGUAUUAUUUUUAUGAAUACAGAUUAACGAGAGUAGAUUUUUGUGUCUAAAUAUUUUUCAAAUAUUAAGUUUUAUAUUAUAACAUGUAAUGGUAUUACAUUUUGUAGAUGAGUGUUAAAAUAAAUGUAUUUUUGCACUGAAUAACAUGGGGUUUAAGUAA